UCUUGGCGCCCUGAUCCUCCUCACCUGGAGACCCGAAUCCUUUCCUAAAGGAAAAGAGAAGACAGGUGAAGCUACGAGGGACCGUAUCCAGCCCGUGUGGAAUUCCUUGGAACCAAAGAAAACAUAAGUUGUCUUUCCCUGCUAUAAAAUGUCAGUCCUUGAACACCAAAACAGAGCACUGUUUGGAGGCAGGCACCCAACACCUGGCAGUGUGUGUCCUUUGGACUGGAGCUACCUUGCAAAAAUCUGCCUGUGCUGGGCCAGCAAAUCAACCUUUGAAAAGUCAAUAGUUGUAAACACGUGAUGGGAUGAGCAAGAGGGUUUGGAAGGUUUCUAACAGAUGUUAUUACAACAACUCCUCUGCCUGCCUCCCUGCUCCCGUCAGCACAGCCAAUGGUGAAACCCAAGAGCCUGCAGCUCUAACUCUGCCUGCAGAGCCUGGCUGCUGCCCUGGCUUUCUGGUCUCCCCCACCUGUCUCCCUGGGAUCACCGAUGCUGCUCACCUCUGACAUCUGCGAGUAGUUUGUGCUGUGAGCCACAGAGGGGCCUUGCUUAAAGGAGACAGAGAAACGGAGUCAGAGAGCCCACAGGAGGACAGUUGCAGCUGUUGGAGGAGGAAGCAGUGAGCAUGGCCAGCGACUCCAGCGCACUACCCCGGGUGACUUUCCAGACACCGGAGAAGCAUGGGGAGGAAUCAUCACACAGGAAACUGGGCAAGUUAACCAUAAAGUACAACCGCAAGGACCUGCAGCGCUGGCUAGACCUGGAGGAAUGGAUCAACUCCCAGCUGCAGCAGCUGUACCAGUGCCGGCUAAGAGAGGAAACAGAGGCAGCAGCACCCGAACCACAAAUUGAUCUUGAAGAUCUCCUGGAGGUCCCUAAUGAAGAACAAAAACUAAAACUACAGGAAAUCCUCCAUGAGUGCUCCAGCCCAACAGAGGACUUCAUUACAGAAUUGCUGAGUAGAUUGAAAGGUCUCCGGAGAGUCACCAAUCCUCAGAAGAAAUGACCUUGCCCACAUGGAACACCCAGCUUUGGUCACAAGGAAAUGUGCCUCUUCCCCACAAAAGCCAGCAUCAGCAACAUCACUUCAGAAUAUGUUUAGGACUUACUGUUAGUGAGGAAC